CAAGCUCACCAUUGCCUAUUUUUAUAUCACCAAUUCUCUAUUUCAGUCUCACAGAGUUCUUCACUUUUUAGUUGAGUUCUAUUGGUUAAGGAGGCCAGUGGUGUGAGUUCGGCGGCGGCGACAACGAUGGAGAUAAUUCCCAUUCCGACAGAAACGUACAAGCUGGGAUUCAUCGGAGCAGGGAAAAUGGCUGAGAGUAUAGUGAAAGGGGUGGUUCAAGCUGGCGUGUUGCCAUCUUCUCGCAUCCGAACAGCUCACUCCAAUCCCAAGCGCUGUGCUGCCUUCGAGUCGUUCGGCGUCAAAAUCCUCCCUCACAAUCAAGCUGUAGUUGAAGACAGCGAUGUGGUCAUAUUCUCUGUAAAACCUCAAGUUGUUAAAGAUGUGGUUUUGCAGUUAAGGCCAGUUCUCACAAAGAAAAAGCUUCUGGUUUCAGUUGCUGCUGGAAUAAAAUUGAAAGACUUGCAGGAGUGGGCUGCUCACAGCCGGUUUAUUAGGGUGAUGCCAAAUACUGCUGCUUCUGUAGGAGAGGCAGCAACAGUAAUGAGCCUGGGUAGAGCUGCAACUGAAGAGGAUGGAGAAUUGAUUGCUAAAUUAUUUGGAUCAGUUGGUAAGGUAUGGAGAGCUGAUGAUAAAUAUUUUGAUGCAAUUACUGGUCUGAGUGGGAGCGGCCCAGCCUACAUAUAUUUAGCAAUUGAAGCAUUAGCUGAUGGAGGAGUGGCUGCAGGUCUACCUCGAGAACUUGCCUUGGGUCUAGCUUCCCAAACUGUUUUAGGGGCAGCAACUAUGGCUACCAAAACUGGGAAGCAUCCAGGUCAGCUUAAAGAUGAUGUUGCAUCGCCUGGAGGGACGACUAUUGCUGGUGUUUACGAGUUGGAGAAAGCUGGAUUCCGUGGCGUGUUAAUGAAUGCUGUUGUUGCUGCUGCUAAGCGCGGUCAGGAACUUUCUCAGAGUUAAAAAAAUUCCCCAUUUCCUUGUAGGCAGUGGCAAUGGUAAUAAAGAGUUCCCCUGUUUUCCUUGCUUAUGGCCAGGAUAAAACAUAUAGAGGAUUAGGAUUUUUUUGGCAUGUUUAAGCUUUUGGUGUGAGACAAGAAUAAAAAAAUUUCUUCACA